UCGGAUAUUUUUUUAUAACCCAACCCUGAUCUGUACUUCUCCACAACUUUGUCCCUGACCUGUUUGGAGAGCUCCUUAGUCUUCAUGGUGCCGCUUGCUUCGUGGUGCGGUGCCCCUUGCUUAGUGGUGUUGCAGACUCUGGGGCCUUUCAGAACAGGUGAUGAGGUAUGCUAUCUUCGAGUGGUCGAAGGGGAAGGAGGAGGCCUGCAGCUCGAUGAUAAGAGAACACUGUGCGAGAAAUACCCGACAGGUUCCCGACUCUCCAACGAAGCAUUCCGGGGAGGUAAGUGGGGUUCUUGGGAAACCGGAGUGGCCAGGGAGGCCGCGUUGCUAACAGCCGGGUUACUGAGGGGCUGGGAGGUUACCGUUGUGGUAGGCUGCCUGACAGACAACCUGUGGAAUUGCUCCAGCAAUGUGUUCAAUGCACCAUCAUGGCAUUCGGCUAAGGUAUGGAACCCACGAAGAAACUCCUUGUACCUUCCAAUGGUGGCUCCUUGGGAGGAGACGGUGUUGCGGCGCUGGUCUGAGUCUGCUGGGUCCAUCAUGGCCAGUUUGUACUGUCAAGACUCAGGAGAUGACCCAGAUGCAGACAGUUUCGAAGUAACAACAGUUUAUUUCAAAAGCAAGGGGGCAGGCCAACGACAGGUCAAGGGCAGGCAGAGGUCAGUAAUCCAGGGUGGUGUGACAAAGUACAGAAUGGCAGGUAGGCUCAGAGUCAGGAAUACUAGAAAACAGGAACUAGAGAAAGACAGGAGCAUGGGUAAAAUGCUGGUAGGCUUGACGAAAUAAAACAAACUGGCAACAGACAAACAGAGAACAUAGGUAUAAAUACACUUGGAUAAUGGGGAAGAUGGGCGACACCUGGAGGGGUGUGGAGACAAGCACCAAGACAGGUGAAACAGAUCAGGGUGUGACACCUCCUACUGCCAAAAGGACUAACAGCAUGUACAACGGGUAGAGUAAGUCUAAAUAUAAUUGUAUUCAAAUUCGAGCUUGUAGGAGACUAUUGCCUCUUUUUUAGGGCGACUUUGGUCAGACUAAUAAUCAAUGGAUUAGCGAUCUGAUAUUUAGACAAUUCAUAGAGCAAUUUUUUGUCCGUUUCUUGUAAACUAGAAAAUGUGAUAUAGGCUUGUCUCAUGUGUUGAAAGAAACCAAGUAACAAUUUAAAAUAUGUACCUUUUUUAUGAAAUAAUUAUUUUGUGUCACUGUAAACCCAAUCUGUUAUGAUAAGCUUUUAUUCACUCCAUAUCACCAGCCCCUGUGGCGCCUUUAACACUUUAAGUUUAAUUGCACAAAAAAAGUUGAGGGACUUUUAUGACACACACACAAUCAAAAGUUCUUAUGUGUGUCCUUGCCAGUGUUUCUAUAGGACAGCAUCAUGGCAGGCCAGACAGUAUCCAUGAAGGAACCAGUAUGUCUGAUAGAGAACGACAGUGAUGGGAAGCUGUGUGUGGUCCGCAGUGCACUGGACAUCCUGGACCAGAUUGACCAGCAUGUGGUAGUGGUGUCGGUGGUCGGGCUGUACCGCACCGGCAAGUCCUACCUCAUGAACAAGCUGGCUGGCGAGAAAAAAGGUUUUGCCCUGGGAGCCACCAUCCAGUCCAAAACUAAGGGCAUCUGGAUGUGGUGUGUGCCUCACCCUGAAAAAAGAGACCACACCCUGGUGCUGCUGGAUACAGAGGGGCUGGGGGAUGUGGAGAAGGGUGAUGAGAAGAAUGACAACUGGAUCUUUUCCCUGGCUGUCCUGCUCAGCAGUACUCUGGUGUACAACAGCAUGGGAACCAUCGACAACAACGCCCUGGAGAAACUACACUAUGUGACAGAACUGACAGAGCACAUCAAGGUGAAGUCCAACCAGCGAGACGGGGAGGAAUCUUCAGAGUACCUGCGUUACUUUCCUUCCUUUGUGUGGACAGUCAGAGAUUUCACCCUGACCCUGGAGGUUGAUGGGAGACCCAUCACAGCCAAUGAGUACCUGGAGAACGCUCUUAAACUGAGAACAGGUCAUAGUCAGAAAGAUCAGGCAUACAAUCUGCCUCGUAGCUGCCUGCGGAACUAUUUCUCUCCUCGCUGGUGCUUUGUGUUUGAGAGGCCAGCCAGCGGAGACAAAAUGAGACGUAUGGAGGAGCUGACCGACGCUGACCUGGAGCCUGCCUUUGUGGAGCAAGCCAAGGAGUUCUGUGACCACGUCUUCAAUGACGCCAAGACCAAGACCCUGAAACAGGGCCUGAAAGUUAGCGGCAGACUGCUGGGAAACCUGGCAGAGACGUAUGUGUCUGCCAUCCGGAGUGGGCAGAUCCCCUGCCUGGACAAUGCUGUGUUGGCGCUGGCCCAAAUUGAGAACUCCGGUGCCAUCGAGAGGGCCAGGGCCCACUACCAGAAGGGCAUGGCUGACUGGGUGGCCUACCCCACAGAGACCCAAGAGGAGCUGUCUGAAGUGCAUGCUGUCAUGGAGAAGGAGGCUGUGGCCAUAUUCAUCAACAACUCCUUCAAAGACGAGGACCAGAAGUACCAGUUGGAGCUUAUGAAAGUGCUUCAAGAAGCGUACGAUAAGAUCUGUGAGAGGAACUACAAGGAGUCCCAGAAGUCAUGCGAGUCCAAAAUCCAAUGCAUCUUUGCCCCCCUGGAGGAGAAAAUAAGGGAUGGCUCCUACAUGACCCCUGGAGGAUACAAAGAGUACUGCAACGACCUGAAACUGGCCACCAGCGAAUACAGAUCUGAGGGAGGCAGAGGAGUGAAGGCUGAAGAGGUACUGAAGGAGUACUUGGGAAGGAAGGCCAGCAUUGGUGAGGCCAUCCUGUCAGCAGACCAGUCCCUCACUGAAGCUGAGCAGAGAGCAGAAGCGGAGCAAGCAAAAAGGGAGGCAUCUGAGCGGGAGAAUCGAGCCAUGGAGGAGCAGCUGGUUGUCCAGGAGAGGUUGAGAGCGGACCAGCAGAGGACGUAUGAGGAGAAUGUGAACCAGCUGAUGGAGAGGAUGGAGAGAGACAGUAGAAAUGCCAUAGCAGAGCACGAUAGAGUUCUACAGGCCAGACUCAAGGAGCAGAAUGACCUUGUCCGGCAAGGGUUUGAUGACAGAGCACACCAAAUGCAAAGAGAGAUAGAUGCCCUUAAGGGUGCGAAGGCACAAGAGGAAGAGAAAAAACCCUCAUUUAUGAGCACAGCUCUGGAUACUAUUGGGACUGCAGCUGCCUCGUUCCUUCCAGGAAUAAUUCCCAAAGUAGGAGGAAUGGUUGUGAAAUGGCUGUCUAAGUUGUUCUGAUGUAGGUUCCCGAGGAGGAUGACGAUCUAUUAUUCUUAUAGACGUGAAUUGAUUGAAUCUGUAUUUAUUGAUAGUUGAUUCAUGGAUUUAGGUUAAGCACUCAGUUAAGGUUUUAGUUUAUGUUUUUAAUAACUAUUUUGAAUGCCUAAUUAUGAUAAACUAAUGCUUUUAGAAAACACACUUAAAAAUUGGUUUUGCACGGGUGUUUUUUAAAUGUUACUAUUACCAAGUAGGCCUAAUUUUGAACACUGAUGAUGUUUAUAUGCACACCAAUAUACCGUUAUUAUUCGGGAUACUCAAGUAUUCUAUUCUUGAGUUGACUCAUAUAAACGUCAUAUCCCAUUUACAAUAACCCGAAAAAUCUUGACGUAUACUGCGUCGUGACUGUUGCUCAUUGAAUGAUUAAAGGUUUUUAAUUGCGUGAUGAACUGAAUCAAGUAAUUAUUAACUCAUUAACCUGGGGCACCAUGGGAAAAUUAGUUUUAUUGAGUUUCUAUUUCCCAAAUUAACUCAAAGAAUAUCAGAAUAUCGAUUUUACAACAGCCGCUAAUUAAUCGGUUACCUCUACAGUCUCGUUCUGAACGUCGCAUAAUCCGGGAAUCUGCACGGACCCGGGUCUCACCAAUGAGUUCGUACCACACCAAUCUUAGUUUAGUAUUUAUUUACUAGAAAGCUAAAAUGAUGAUAAAAGAUAUACAUACACAAAAACACAUUCUAGGCUAUUGAUUAGAACAUAGUAUAAUGGGCCAACACACUAUGGCGCAUGUUACCAAAAAUGGGGAUUUAAAAGAGAGAAAAAGAGAAAGUACACGAGAGAAAUAUACAUUUGGGUGAAUUUGUCAGCUAUGCUUAUUCUAACCCUACCCUUGCCGCAAACUGCCACUCUUAUGGGUCAGAAUAUAAUGAUGUAAUUAAGUGGGGGAGGUCUCUGUGGAUUCUCGGUCUCUGUGGAUUCACAGUCUCUGUGGACUGUUCAGGCUGCUCAAUGACGCACUUCUCCGGCGCAACUCUUUGGUUGUCCUCACAAUGUCAGUGUCCUUUUGGCUUAGGAGUCUGUUCCCUCGCCCUUGCUCUGGAAGGGCUCUUCUGAGGACAGACAGCUCUGUAGCUCAGAGCUCACAGCGUAGGAAUGAAACAGUGUAGAUACCACGAUUCGAUGGGGAGUGGAGGCUUGGUGGUUCGACUUGAAUUCACCCGCUUAGACACAGCUACUCAUCCGUAGCUUGGGUAGAAAAAUAUUUCUUUGUCUUCAAACUUGUGUUGCGUUUUGAGUUCGUUGACUUUUUAGACCUCGGCUGCAGCUUGGGUCACUUAGUCUUGUCAUGAUGUUGGCCUGGGGGUAGGUUUAUGACAGUCAUAAAUACCUCUUCCCCCCUUUUUGCUCUCUCUACCCUACUGAUGUUACAUUUGCAAAACCCUUGGUUAACAUAGAGAUUCUGGGAACAUCAGAAGGUGGGGGGAAAUUAACUAUAUUCUGGUAAUCUGACCAAUUGCACAUAUGCGGUGGUACUUAAUGAAUAUGAUGUCAGUUCGGUGGUCACCUGAGACAUUCUCAUCAAUGAUAAGAUGACAUAAACUCUACACAUCAGAGUUAUCGGAUUCACAUGGAAUUGUUGUUCAAUUUAAAUGUUUGAAUAUGAAAUUAUUUGUGAUGGGAUGAAAUGUGAUUUUAGCUUCUAAAAUGUGAGAUUUGGGUUUUCAUAAGGUUAGGGCUCUGCUCAAUCAGUGACCCGCCCCUGCGAAGGGACAUGGGCUAUAAAACUUGUCAAACACUCCCUCCUCUCCCUUCCUAUAUAAAGCCUUGACGACAAUAUAACCUCCUGUUCCGAGGAUGUGAGGACGACGGUCCGAUGUCAGAAUGGUUCAAAUAAUAACUACAGAACGAAGCCAUCAUCAGCGUGAGCUUUGGUUGCGAAUGGUAUGAACUUUGAACUCUUAUUCACUACAGAAGUGAUACCGCCUAGCCGUUGAAUUAGCAACAGCAGCUGCAAACGCAGGUUAGGAAGGAACAGACAGAGUAUUCCGUCUACCACACAACGACGUUACUACAACGUAUUCAAUUUACUAGCAGAGACAUUCUUCAAAUGACUCGGUUGGGCAACAUGGCCUUCCAUCUACCACCAACCUACCGAAGCGCAGCUCAGAGUAAAUAUUUAUUGCAUUUUCCUUUUCCAAAUGGGCGGUAAUUUAGAAUGCAUAAAAUACUGUAUUUAUGAUAGCACAGCUUCUCCCUGUGUCCCUCAGUCUUCCCACUCUUUCACUCAAACCCAGCCCCUUUUCUUUUGUGUAACCUGCUGUCAUAUCUGUUCCGCCCGCUAGGGGCGUUUUCCUUUAUGACGUAAUUUGUAAUCAUGUGUAUGUGUAAUUCUGUGUGAUUAGUUAGGUAUUUAGUAAUUAAAUAAUUUAAACCAA